GUACUUCUCGGUCGGAGAUAUUACUACGACAACAGUAGCGGGAGUUGGUGAGCAUCAUUACAACGAUACGGCUCAGGGAGGCAAGGACUGUUAUGAUGGGAAUUCGGUGGUUGAGUUUAAUGAGGGUAUUGUGGAUAGAGUGUAUAAGCAAGCAGCUGUCCCCGCUCAUAUACUUUGUGACGGUUUUGAGAUGUGA